AUGGAGAGAGAGUGAAGUUAGUGGUCACUCAUUAUAAGUCGCAUUUCGUUUGUAACAAUUUAUUUGCUUAGCUCUUUCUCCGUCUCCUGUUCAUCCAUUCCCUUCUGUUGUUUCCUUUUCUCAUAGCGUCCUAUUUUUGGAAUCUCGGGGAAGUGAUCCAGGCUCAAGAGCUGAGACUUUAUCUACUCACACACAUACAAGAGCGACAAAACAAUAAUCAAUAUUAACCAUUAUUCUCUCUCAGCUUCUCUCUCAUUCUCGGGAUUCGCAAAACCAAGGUAGAAAGAAAUGGCAGAAGCCGAGGACAUUCAGCCACUCGUCUGCGAUAAUGGAACUGGAAUGGUUAAGGCUGGAUUUGCUGGAGAUGACGCUCCAAGGGCAGUCUUCCCUAGCAUUGUUGGUCGCCCACGUCACACCGGUGUGAUGGUUGGCAUGGGGCAAAAAGAUGCAUAUGUUGGGGAUGAGGCUCAGUCAAAGAGAGGUAUUCUUACUUUGAAAUAUCCUAUUGAGCACGGUAUUGUCAGCAAUUGGGAUGACAUGGAAAAGAUCUGGCAUCAUACGUUCUACAAUGAGCUUCGUGUUGCUCCUGAAGAGCAUCCCAUUCUCUUGACUGAAGCCCCUCUCAACCCCAAGGCCAAUCGUGAGAAGAUGACUCAAAUUAUGUUUGAAACCUUCAAUGCUCCUGCCAUGUAUGUUGCAAUUCAGGCUGUGCUUUCCCUCUAUGCUAGUGGACGUACAACUGGUAUUGUACUGGACUCUGGUGAUGGUGUUAGCCACACAGUUCCCAUCUAUGAAGGUUAUGCACUUCCACAUGCUAUUCUGCGUCUUGAUCUCGCUGGUCGUGACCUCACUGAUUACUUGAUGAAAAUCCUCACUGAACGUGGUUACUCAUUCACCACCACUGCUGAGCGUGAAAUUGUCAGGGAUGUCAAGGAGAAACUUGCAUACAUUGCUCUUGACUAUGAGCAGGAACUAGAAAUUGCCAAAACUAGCUCAGCUAUUGAGAAGAGCUAUGAGUUACCUGAUGGGCAGGUGAUCACGAUUGGGGCUGAACGAUUUCGUUGCCCUGAGGUACUUUACCAGCCUUCUUUGAUUGGAAUGGAAGCUGCUGGUAUACAUGAGACUACAUACAAUUCUAUAAUGAAGUGCGAUGUCGACAUCAGAAAGGAUCUUUAUGGCAACAUUGUUCUUAGUGGCGGUACCACUAUGUUCCCUGGCAUUGCUGAUCGAAUGAGCAAGGAGAUCACUGCACUCGCGCCUAGCAGCAUGAAGAUUAAGGUAGUUGCUCCUCCUGAGAGGAAGUAUAGCGUCUGGAUUGGAGGCUCCAUUUUGGCAUCCCUCAGCACCUUCCAGCAGAUGUGGAUUGCAAAGGCUGAGUACGAUGAGUCAGGCCCUUCAAUUGUGCACAGAAAAUGUUUCUAAUGAGCAGGAGGGAUGGAUGGAUCCAGUUUUUUUUUUUUAUAAUUUGGAAGAAAAUGCUACUUGCAUUCGUAUUCUAAGGUUAUCAUCUUUUGUCAUUGUCUAUUUUUAUCUACCCCUUCUCACAUCUCUAAUGUGUUUGGAGAAGUGCUUUUUGUGGCCUGAUAGUUAUAGUAUUUCAUUUUUUUCAAGGUAGUUUUUCUUGGUGAUGAGUAAUGUUGCCCUGAAAAACACUUAGCAGCAUGCUUUUCAGUCAUUAUUGUAUCUUUAUGUUGCCAUCGUUAAAGAUUUGGAGAACUCAUAUUCACCCUGAUUUGUCUUAUGAUUAUACACUGUUGAGUACUGUUGAUUGUAA